CAAAAUUUGAUAUUGGGAGUCCCCAUAUUUUCCGUUGAAAGCAUUGUAUAAGUUGAAGGGAUGAGGUCUCUCCCCAAGUUUGGGUGUGAGUCUGAAACCCAUGUCAUGUGAAUGCCUAUCAUACAACAAAACAAAGAGAGGCUCUCUUGAGUCUCAUAAUAAUGGCAAGUGGGAGGAGGAGAGCACUCAAAGACUCCUCCUCAACCAAGUCAAAGUCAAAGUCAUACACACUUCCCUCCUCACCCUCCCAUUCAUUCUCUUCCUCCUCCUCCUCCGACUUCGAGUUCACCAUCUCCAUCUCCCCGCGCAAAUCCUCCGCCGCACUUUGCCCUGCCGAUGAGCUAUUCUACAAGGGCCAGCUCCUCCCUCUCCACCUCUCCCCUCGCAUCUCCAUGGUCCGCACUCUCCUCCUCUCUUCUCCCUCCUCCUCCUCCUCUGCCGCCGCCCGCGACUCCACCGGCAGCACCACCAGCACCAACUCCUCCUCCUCCUCCUCCUUUGCCAGCGACCUCGCCCUCUUCCCCGACUGCGACUCCUCCCGCCCUAGCUCCGUGACCGACGACGACGAGCUCAAGCGUCUCCAUAACCCUUCCAAGGAGUAUCCUCACUCCCAAAUCAAGAAGAACCACCCUAAUAGAUACUUCUCCUUCUCAAGAUUCUCCUCUGUUUUCCGCAAGGACACCACCACCACCACCACCAACAAAGUGUGCGAGACGGAGCAUCACCACCAUGUGGCUGCUUCUUCUUCUUCCUCCUCCGUGAAGCGAAUGAGCGCCACUGCCAGAGAUGUCAUAAGGAAGUACUUGAAGAAGGUGAAGCCUCUUUACGAGAAGCUUUCGCAGAAGCAACAGAGAACCGGGGAGUUGUUGGCGGAGGGCGGUGGUGCGAGUGUGAAUGCAACCACGACGACGUCUUCGCGCACGGUGUUGUCUCUGUUAACGACUCUAACAGAGAGAUCCAAAACAGAGGGUGGUUGCAGUGGGAAGAGAGGGAUGAAGGAGAACGUUUCUGGUGUUCUGUCUCAUUCUUUCUCCGGGAACCUCAGGUACCCUCGGAAGAGGAGAAGCUGCGUCUCCAGUUGCCCUUCUUCCAUGAGAUCGUCGCCCAGUCAUUCCGGCGUGCUCUCUCAGGGCGGCGCCAGAGCAGGGAUGCAUUUCGGGGAUUCUUCUUCCAUGGAAGAGUUGCAGAGCGCAAUCCAAGGCGCAAUCACACAUUGCAAGAACUCUUUGAUGCAGAACAAGCUUGACACUGGUGCAGCUCAGUAACGAAAGAGAGAGGUUUUAACUUCCAAUUUGAUCAUGCUCUUAAUUUCAUCUUCAAUAUUCGUAUGCCUUCUUAGAUCUGAUGAAUUCUGAUUAACCAACCAUGUUCAGAAAACAAUUUCAGCUUCUUCCUUUUUUUUU